AUCAAAAGAUUCUAUGAUUCUAAAAUAUGGAAAAGGAUAAUUAUCUGGUGUUUUAUCUAAAGCAGUUAUAUCUUUUGAAUAAAGUAUAUUAAUUGAUUAUUAAUUAAUCCUUGCUGUUUCAGUUUAAGAUUUUAAUUAUUUUAAAGUAUAAAAAAAAAAUUAUAGAUAAAUUAAUAAUAUAACAAAAAUAGGCUGAUGGAAUAAUAGGAAUGGGUUUUAAUUAAAAUUAAAAUUUAGUUGAAUUAUUAUUUUCAACUCCAGAAAAUAAAACUUUUACAUUUUUCCUUUCUUUUGAUAAAUCCGAUUCAGAAUUAGUACUUGGAGGAUUUAAUCCUUCAAAAAUAAAGGAAAAUAAAUAAUUUAGUUAUCAUAAUAUACUCUAAUAAAAAAAUUAAAGAUGGGCAAUAAGUUUAUAAAAUAUUUAAUUCGGAUAAUAUAUUAUAGCAGAUUCAACUAAAUAAACUAUUACUGCUGUUGUGGAUAGUGGAACUUCUUUUGUUAUAUUUAGUUAAUAAAUCUUUCAAUAAUUUAUUAAUGUUAUCAAAUAAAAACUAAAAUUUAUUCAAUAUACAGUUCAAUAAGAUUAUUUUCUUGUAUAAUGUGAUACUGAAUUGCCUGAUUUUAUAUUUUCAGUAAAAGAUGUUAAUAAUAAUUUGGUUUAAUAUAUAAUUCCUAAAGAGUUCUAUUUAAUCCCAAGCAAUUAAAUUUGCUUAAUUGGAUUUAGUAGUAAUACUCCUAAAGACGUUGAUGUUAUUUUGGGAAAUGUUUUUAUGAGAAAGUAUGUUUCUUAAUAUUCUUAUAAUAAUUAAACAAUUGGUAUUUUCUUAAUUUUUUAUAAAUUAAUUAUUUUUAAUGUUUUUUAGGGUUAGCAGAAUCUAUUAGUAUUCCACCUUUUUAUAAACCCGGAUUCCCAGCUUGGGGUAUUUUAUUAAUUUGUCUAAGUGUGUCAUUAUGCAUAUUUGGUGGUAUUUAUUUGUAUAAAAAAUUUAAAAAUGGAGGAUAAAAAUAAUAAUAAUAAAUUUAGACAGGAAGAGGUGCUAAUAGAACACUUUUAAAUAAUGCAUAUUGAUAAUUAUAUAAAAAAUAAGUUUUUUUGUU